AUGGUUUAUGGCCAGGUGCUUCAUCAGCCUGAUGACUGCUUCAUUAAAGUCAAUGUUGGAGGAUUCAGGCAGCGUUUGAACCACACUGUGCUCAGGAGAUUCCCUCAGACACGUCUCUGUCGCCUUCUCUGCUGCAGCUCCAAAGAAGCCGUCCUGGAGCUCUGCGACGACUUCAGUCCCUCCGAUAUGGAAUACUACUUUGACCGCAGCCCGAGUUUCUUUUGCUACAUCCUCAACUUUUACCUCACGGGGAAGAUCCACCUGAUGGACGGCCUGUGCGUGGUCUCGUUUGUCCAGGAGAUCGAGUACUGGGGCAUCAAGGAGCGCCACCUGGACUUGUGCUGCAGCAGCAGGUUCCUGGAACUGAUGGAGCAGACAUGGGAUCAGAGGAGUGAUGACCAGCAGCUCCAGAGCUCAGGCUCUUCAGCUGAGGAGCUUACAGCUCUGGAGGACCACAUGGAAACCUUUGAAGGCUCCUGCUGUGCAGAAGUUCGCAGAAGGGUUUGGAUUCGACUUGAGGAUCCAGGUUUCUCCACCUCAGCUAAAGUGAUGGCCGUGACAUCUGUGAGUGUGGUCAUUGUCUCCAUUGUUGCCAUGUGUCUGAACAGCAUGCCAGCUUUCCAUCAGGUGGACUCCGAUGAGAAGCACACUGAACACCCGGUGCUGGCUUUGAUUGAGAACCUCUGCGUCCUGUUCUUCUCCGCAGAGUUCACUCUUCGUUUGGCCGUUGCACCGUCAGCCAAGAAGUUCUUGCUUGGCCCUUUGAACGUCAUUGAUCUGUCGUCCAUUCUGCCCUUCUACGUGACGUUACUCUGUGAUGACAUGAGCGAGGAGAAGAACGCGGAGCUGGAGAACGUUGGCAAAGUCAUGCAGAUCCUGAGGUUGAUGCGAGUGUUUCGUAUUUUGAAGCUGGCUCGACACUCGGCCGGGCUCCGCUCCCUUGGAGCCACGAUGCUGCACAGCUCCAGAGAAAUGGGCCAGCUGGUGCUCUUCCUGUCCUUGGGGGUUUCUUUUUUUUCCACUCUCAUUUAUUUUGCAGAGAAAGAAUGUAAAGCGUCGGAGCUGCAGACUAUUCCUACUGGCUGGUGGUGGGCCACCAUAAGCAUGACCACAGUGGGCUACGGGGACACAGUCCCAGUUACUUCAGCUGGGAGGCUGAUAGGAACCCUGUGCAUCGUCUGUGGGCUGCUGAUCGUUGCUCUGCCCAUUACCAACAUCUUCAACAAGUUCUCCAAGUUCCAUCAGAGGCAACGGCGCUUUGAGGUCCAACAGAACAGGGCCUGA